AUGAGUGGGAGGAAUGCAAGCUCGCAUGGUGACGAUGAUGAUGGUGCAAGGGAGAAGCGAAUUAAAGAGAUAUAUCGUUACGAUGAGAUGUCGAAUAAAGUUUUACGCAGUGAUAAACGGUUUCAAAGUAACCAAACCGACCCACUCAAGGAUGCUGAGAUGUCCGUACCGAAAUCUCUAGCAGGACGAAUUACGGUGAAAGAAAUGGGGUCGCAGGUUAGGCCAGAAUCCAUGGAGGACACACAGAUACCGACGGAACCCGUUGUGGAGCCGGAAAGACCCGCUCCGAAGUCCAGUUCGAAAAGAGAUAAACAGACUAAGCAUUUGAAUGAUACUCGGAACCUUUCUGUCUUAGAGAUGGAUGACUGGCAGCGUUUGCGAUACCACCCGGGUGAUGAAACAAAUACUAUAAUCUACGAGGACAUCCUCGAUAAGAUGCGAUCUAUUUUCGGGGACGAUAUCCCACACACUAUCAUCAUGAACACUGCAGACAUUGUCAUAACAUCCUUGAAAUCAGAUCCAAAAGAUGAGACCGUUGUGUACAAAAAAAGAGAGCAGUUAGGGAAGGAGCUGGGUGUUCAAUUAGAUCUCGAACAGUUCAGCGAAAUCUAUAAAUUGGUUAACAAAAUAACCGAUUUUAAUAAAGACAAUUCUAAUGAUGAAUCUCAAAAUGAAAAGGUGGUCACAAUUCUAGCAGAUAGUGACAAUGAGGAUGAAAUGGCAGAGAGCAAUACGUUAAGAGAUGAGAUGGAGAAGGAGGAAGAGGAGGAGGAGGAAGACGAACAGUCGGACUUAAACGAUGAUGCUGCAGUCAAAGAAAGCAAGCAAAGCAAAAAAUCCUCAGACCUCUUGCAAAAUAAUGACGAUUUGAUUACGAUUGAUGGCAGCAUACUUUCAGCUAGAGUUCCUCCGAUUUAUCUCAUCGAUAGGUCAUAUGUCCAGCAAAAACUAUCGCGCAAUAUCCGCAGUGUUAGUCAAGAUGAUGAGUCAAUUCAAGAGAUAUGCGACCGAAUUAUUCUAAACUUGCUUGAUACGGAGAACAAUCUUGACGAAUUUGAAGUUCAAAUGAACAAACUACUAGAUUUUGAUGAUUUAUCACUCUCCCAAUUUUUUGUAACAAACAGGUUAAAAUUGCUUUGGGGCAUAAAAUUAUCAAACUGUCCCUCAGAUAAGAUACCACAACUGCUCAAUGAAAUGAGAAGAAAAGAUUUGGAAGAUCUUGUACAAGAAUAUGAAGACAAAGAGAUGACGCGGAAUAAGAAAAGGUUUUUAGAUGAACCGGAAAGUCCAACUUCUGCAGUUGAUCACAAGAGGAGUAAAAACGACGCCCAUGUGUCUAUAGUACCCCCUCUAUUAGAUCUCGAGUCUUUGAAGUUUGCACAAGGAUCAAAGCUUCUAACUGUUUCAAAAGUAGAGCUACCUGAAGGUUCCUUCAAAAAGGUGAAGGAUUUAUAUGAUGAAAUUCAUGUCCCAGCUCCCAAAAAACCGGUGAUAGACUAUAAUUUAGUACCCGUGUCGGAUCUGCCGAACUGGGCACAAGGAGCCUUCCCCAAUAAUGAAACUGAAACGCUAAAUGCCGUACAGUCCAAAGUUUAUCCAUGUGCCUUUGAGUCGGACCAUAACCUUUUGCUUUGUGCUCCUACAGGUGCGGGUAAAACCAAUGUUGCAAUGCUUACAGUCCUUCGAACUUUAUCAAAAUUCUUCAAUAAGACCACAAAUAAGCUAAAUUUACGGGACUGUAAAAUCGUCUAUAUUGCGCCCUUAAAAGCGUUGGUACAGGAGCAGGUCAGAGAGUUUAAUAGAAGACUAGGUUAUUUAGGGGUCAAGGUGGCUGAGUUGACGGGGGACUCCAGACUCAAUAAACAGGAAAUAGUACAAACACAUAUUCUGGUUUCCACACCUGAGAAAUGGGACAUCAUUACCAGAAAAAUGGACGAAUCAUCUUACGCUCAACAGGUCAGCUUAAUCAUUAUCGAUGAAGUUCAUCUACUACAUGACGCAAGAGGGCCCGUACUAGAAAAUAUCGUGGCACGAACGAUGUUUUCCAGAGACUCUGAUGUUAAGCCGAGGUUGGUAGCACUGUCUGCCACAUUACCAAAUUAUAAAGAUGUGGCUAGGUUUUUGAGGGUACCCGCAGAAGGUCUGUUUAAUUUCGAUGCCUCCUUUAGACCAUGCCCUCUUACACAACAGUUUAUCGGAAUUCGUGAACAAAACUCCCUGAAAAAACUGACGGCUAUGUACGAGGCGUGCUACGACAAGGUACUAGAAUCGCUGAAAGAUCACAACCAAGUUAUCAUUUUUGUACAUUCACGGAAAGAGACAUCUAGAACUGCAUCUUGGCUUAAGAACAAGUUCACUGAGACGAGUAAACUUUCAUUGCUGAGAAACCAAGAAGAAGGGUCUAAAGAAAUUUUGACCACUGAGUCUGAAAAUAUCCAAAACUCAAGCUUGAAAAAGGUACUUGAAUCUGGAAUUGGGAUCCACCAUGCUGGUCUUUCGAAGCAAGACAGAUCUACUUCUGAAGACUUAUUUGCCGAUGGGCUACUGCGAGUACUGGUAUGUACCGCAACAUUGGCAUGGGGGGUGAAUUUACCAGCACACACUGUUAUCAUUAAAGGCACAGAUGUGUAUUCCCCUGAGAAAGGUGGAUGGGACCACUUAUCUGCACAGGAUAUAUUGCAGAUGCUCGGUCGUGCUGGUAGGCCUAGAUAUGAUACAUUUGGAGAUGGUAUCGUUAUUACAAACCAGUCGGAUAUCCAAUACUACCUUGCGGUUUUGAACCAACAGCUACCAAUAGAAUCUCAGUUGAUCAGCUCACUGGUAGAUAGUAUGAACGCCGAAAUUGUUUCUGGCAAUAUUCAAAGUAGAGACGAUGGUACAAGGUGGUUGACGUAUACAUUUCUUUAUGUGAGAAUGCUGGUAUCUCCAAAAUUGUACAAGGUUGGGGAGGUUGAAUGUGAGAAUGAGGUUGAUCUCAUAUCAUACAGAAGAGCACUUAUCCAUUCUGCGCUAACCGUGCUUGCCACGAUUCAGCUCAUUUUGUAUAAUCCAGAAACUGGUAAAGUUGAGCCCACCGAGCUUGGUCGUAUUUCUUCACACUUCUACAUCAAACACUCUUCAAUGAACAUUUACAACGGGGAACUGAAUGAGCACAGUAAUAUUAUGGACCUGUUUAGGAUAUUUUCCCUUUCUGAUGAGUUCAAGUACAUUUCCAUUCGUCAGGAAGAAAAAAGGGAAUUAAAGGAGUUAGCAACCAAGGCACCGAUUCCUCUCAAAGAUGAGAUGGAUGAUCCAUUGACCAAGACCAAUGUUCUAUUACAGGCUUAUAUUUCCAACAUUACCUUCGAUGGACUAGCACUCAACGCUGACAUGAUAUUCAUUCAGCAAAGUGCUGGGAGAUUAUUUAGAGCAAUGUUUGAACUCUGCCGGAAAAAACAAUGGUCCCAGCCUACAAAAACUCUACUAAAUAUAUGCAAAUCAGUUGAUUGGCGAAUGUGGGUAACAAACACGCCGUUUCGUCAGUUUUCUAGUUGUCCACUAGAAGUGAUCAAAAGGACAGAAACUUCAACACUACCCUGGGAUGAUUAUCUAAUCCUCCAAUCACCAGCUGAAGUCGGUCGUACAAUUAGAACCGAAAAGCAUGGUAAACUAGUAUACGAUCUUUUGCAACGAUUUCCCAAAAUAAAGUUAAAGUGUAUGGUACAACCAAUCACACCAAGUGUUUUGAUGUUUGAACUGGAGAUUAAACCACAGUGGAUCUGGGAUAAAAGGUUUCAUGGGUACGGCGAAUCGUUUAUUAUACUGGUCGAAGACACAGACGGCAAAGAUAUCCUCUACCAAAGUCCUUUGCUCAUUCGUGAAGAGGACAUGGGAGAGCAUCUCUUGCUAGACUUUUCUAUUCAACUUACGCGAACACACCAGAAGAAACUUCCUCCCAACUUUUUUAUAUCUGUGAUAUCUGAAAAAUGGCAUCGUUGUGAGUCGAGAGUUGCUGCCGUCUUUGGAAAAUUGCAACUUCCAAAGAAAUUCCCAGCUCAAUCCCGAGUUGAAAGUUCUGAUCUGAUCAAUACACAACAACUCGAGAACGAUGAGUUUGCUGAAGCCUUCAAAUAUGAAAAGUUCAAUAAAAUCCAGAGUACUGUCUUCAAUCAUCUGUACAACUCAAACUCCAACAUACUGGUUGCUGCAGCAAAGGGUUCUGGUAAAACCGACAUGGCUCUGUUAGCAAUUCUUAACCUUUGGAGACAGAAUAAAGGAAGAGCCUUGUACAUUGCACCAUCACAAGCGCAUAUUGAUAGUACCUUGAAAAAGUGGGCCUCUGAACUAUCUACAAUGGCUGGUGGUAAAAUUAUAGACAAGCUGGGUUCUGAAAUGGCAAGAAACCUUAAGAAAAUAAGCCAGAGUCAUUUAAUUCUGGCGACACCAGAACAAAUGGGUCCAGUUUCCUACAAGUGGCAGCAAAGAAAGAGCGUCCAGAAAAUAGGACUAGUCAUUUUUGAUGACAUGCAUGAAAUCAGCAACGCGGGAUCUGGGCCAUUAUACGAAGGUUUGAUAUCACGUUUUAUGUUGAUGAUCUCCCAAUUGGAAACUGAUACACGUAUAGUUGGACUGUCUUCAUGUCUAACAAAUGCGCGAGAUUUUGGAGAAUGGAUGGGUGCAGCCAGCGACAACAUUUUCAAUUUUAGUCCAGAGGAUAGAAUAUCACCAAUUGGAAUACAUCUGCAAGGAUUUGAUAAUGCCGACAAUAACCCUUUUACGCAGUCUAUGUUGAAGACCGCUUUCAGAUAUGCGGCGAAUAAGUCAAACGAGGAGGGUACCAUCAUCUAUACUGCAUCGAAAAAGCAAUCAAUUGAUGCAGUUUCUUCUUUGAUCAAAUAUGCUGUCAGUAUUUCUUGGGAUCUUUUAGGGGCUGAAGAAGAACAAGUAGAGCAAUAUGCCCAAAAGUUGAAUGACGCAUCUUUAAGAUAUCCACUUUCUCAUGGUAUUGGUAUACUCUACAGUAACAUGAGCAAAAAUGACAAUAAACUUAUUCAACAACUGUACAAAUACAAUGCCAUUACCUUUUUACUAGUCGAGAAAGAAAUGAAGGACAACUGUCCCAAAUCAGAUAUGCUCAUCGUACUAGGUACCCAAUAUUUUGACUUAAAAGAGCAUAGAUAUGUUUCAUACUCUUCGAAUGAAAUUCUAGAAAUGAUUGGAAAUACAAAGGGAAAUGGGAACUCUUCUAUGUGUCAGGCCGUUGUUUUGACCAAUACAAAUAGAAAACCGUACUAUAGAAAGUUCUUAUCUGAGGCCGUCCCAACGGAAAGUUUUCUGUUGCAUAAUUUGCACGACAUUUUCAUGAACGAAAUCGCCAACUCUGUCGUUGAGAGCAAACAAGAUUGCCUCGAAUGGAUUACCUAUUCAUAUUUCUAUCGCAGAAUUCACGCCAACCCCAGUUUCUAUGGUGUAUCUGAUAUUACUGUAUAUGGUAUCUCAGCGUACCUCACUGAAAUGAUAGAAAGUGUGGUUAAGGAACUUCUGGAAUGUGACUUGAUUCAAAAAAAUGACCAGGAGCCACCCAAGAACGAAGAUUCGGACACCGAGAAUGAUGUUGACAGCAAGUUAAUCCCAUUAAAUCGGUGUUUUAUUGGGUCGCAUUACGGUAUCUCAUUCGACACAAUGCAACUAUUUGCUUUAGAAUUGAGUGGAAAGUCAUCCCUUCGAGACAUUUUACAGGUAAUCGCGAACGCAUCUGAACUUGAUUCAAUACCGUUCAGAGACGAAGAUUACAGUAAACUUUCGAAACUAAAAGCAAUUUUGCCAUUGCGCUAUUCGGAAGAAAAAGGAAAAGGUGUUGUGUCCUACAAAAUAUUUGUACUUUUACAGGCCUACUUUUCAAGAGUACACUUGCCGUAUGAACUAUCUCUGGAUUUGAAAUUAAUACUGGAAAGAUCAAUUCCGCUUGUGAAUGCAGUUGUUGACAUACUCUCAAGCGAUGGUUAUUUGAAUGCAUCAACUGCAAUGGACAUUUCACAGAUGGUAGUACAAGGAGUAUGGGAUAUUGACAGUCCAUUGAAGCAGAUACCAUUUUUUGAUAAUGAGAUCCUAAAAAAAUGUAAGGAACAAGGUGUUGAAACAGUUUAUGAUGUCAUGGCUCUAGAUGAUGAAGAGCGCGAAUCAAUUAUCCAACUGGAAAAUAAAAGACUGGCAACUUUAGCGCAGUUUAUUAACAACUAUCCAAAUGUUGAGCUCACUUGGAAAAUGAAAAGCAUUGAAGAAGUCAAGGCGGGCCAGCCUGUCUUGGUGACCGUAUCCCUGAAGCGAGAUGAGGUACCAGAAACCUUAAAGGUCACAUCCGAGGUGUACCCUUUCGAGAAAAAGAAAGUUGGUGGAUUUUUAUUGGUAACGUAG